AUGCAGCAGCUGGAGCAUGUUGAACGCUUGUUGUUUCAGAGGACGGAGGUGGCUUUAAUCAACGGAGGCACCAUCCGGGGAGACAAGGUGUUUGCAGCUGGCGACUUGUCGAAAGAGACCAUCACGGAGUUGCAUCCGAACAGCAUUGUGAAGAUCUAUGCCACGGGGGCCGAGAUCAGGAAAUACAUUGAUGAUUCACUGAGCUGCUACGAUAAGAUGUGCGGCAACUUCGUGAACUGCGCCGGCGUGCGGUAUACGUUUGACCCAACAGCUCAGAGUGGACAAAGGGUCCGGACCCUGACCUUCGACGAUGGCCAGCCAGUAGGCGACGACAGCAGGCUGACAGUGGCGCUCACUGACUACAUGCUGUCAAACUCCGAUCUGGCAAAGAAUCGUCUCUACAACAUGGUCACUGUCAACGAUGCAAUUCCCCUCGUGCAGGCGCUCUUUGCUGCCGUUGCUGAUGCGGGGUCUUCCUGUAUCAGCCCCAAACUGGAUGGGCGCAUAACUGUGGCGAAGUCGAGCAACGGCAGGCAUGGCAUCGUCUAUGAUAAGUGGCCCUUCCGUCUUGACAUCGACGCAGAGUAUCAGGACUGGAUCCUCGUAGCGGCUACUCGACCUUCCAUGGCGCUGGGAACCAUGCUUUUCCCCUUGCUCCACGUGCAGCUGGAGCCGGUGGUACAUCCACCCGGCUUUCUCCACCCGGCUUUCUCUGCAUGCGGACUUCCACAUGGUCAUGUCAUGUCGAUGGCCAAGGCAUAUGGUGCUUACCCUGCAUCUGCGGCGACCUAUCUGAACGUAUUUAUCCUGGUUUUCACCAUAGGUGUGUUGCCAGAUUGGACAGUGAACGAGUUUUGCGUAUACUUUGUGGGGUUUGUUGACUGGGUGCUGAUCCACACAGCGAAGCUGAUCACUUCGUUCUCGAUUCUGUUUGCAUUCUACGUGGUGUUCCGCUUUCGACAUCGGAUAGCCAUAGCUACAGGUCUGGAACACAUCACUCUUAUUCGCUUCAACUGGAGGGAUUUAUUUGGCCUUCGCUCGCGGCAGAGGCCUAUCGAGGUAUUCAUCUGGAAGGUCGAGGGGUUGCAGAGCGCCUCCUCCAAGUUCACGAAGCCGAACGACCUCUUUGUGGAAUGCCACAUGGGAUACAACGAGCCCAUGCGGACGCGAGUCCACAACAACGCGGGCAGUGAGGCUGUGAUUAGGGAGUCUUUCCAGUUGAAUAUAGACGAGAACUCGCCAGAUACUUUGAUGACGCUUCUGGCAAAGGAUCAGUCGCUGCUCACCAAUUCUGAAAUUGCACGAUUAACUCUCUCUACCAGAGAGCUUUGCGGAAUCGAGGAUCAGACCGGCAAACGUCGAAGUACGUUUUCCUAUGAUGAGGAUUCUUUUCUGGAGCUCAGCCUGUCUCCAUCCGGGAAGAUUUGGAUUGCUGUUGCUCCUGUGGACGAGGCAGCGGAGGAGGAACGGUCGCUUUUGUUACAGGAAGACUCGUUAUUGCCCUGCUGA